AUGGCGAGAAGCGUGUUUCUCAUGCUAUUUGCAGUAGCCACCUUGCUUCAGGGCUCCAUGGCACAGACCAGACACGUGGUGGGUGAUUUCGCCGGCUGGACCAUCCCUCCCAGGGGUGCUGCAACCUACAUCGCUUGGGUUUCUGGAAAAACCUUCGUCGUAGGGGAUACUCUCAUGUUUAACUUUACCAACGGCCAUCACGACGUAGCCAAGGUGACGAAAUCAGUUUAUGACACAUGCAACGGUGGGAAUACCCUUUUCACCAUUGCCUCCAGUCCAGCGAUCGUGGCACUAAACGAGACAGGGGAACAAUAUUACAUUUGCACCUUUGGAUCACAUUGUUCCCUUGGUCAGAAAUUGACAAUUAACGUUGUUAGUAGAGCUUCUGCCAUUCCUUCUUCUGCCCCUCAACCUAGUACGAGUGGUUCUUCACCAACACCAAGCACUAUGUUAUCCCCAGCUCCAGGCCCAUCCACUGGACCAGUUACUUUCACUGUUGGAGAGAGCUUAGGCUGGACUGUUCCCACUAACGGUGCUGCAGCUUACACAUCUUGGGCAUCUGGCAAGACUUUCAAGGCUGGAGACAUACUAGUGUUCAACUACCGAUCCAAUACUCACAACGUAGAGGAAGUGAGAAAAGAGAAUUUUGACUUUUGCAACUCAACCUCUCCUCUUGCCACUUACACCACAACACCUGUGAGAGUGACCUUGAACAGAUCUGGUGCUCACUUCUUCAUCUGUGGAGUUCUAGGGCACUGUCAAGGAGGUCAAAAACUCGCCAUCAAUGUCACCGACAACAAUAGUAGUGCCACCUCGUCUUCCCCUGUCGCUACCCCUCCUCCAGCCGCCACCGCUCCUCCCCCCUCUUCUCCCUCAAGCUCUCUCAUCCCUCUCCCACAGAACUCUGAAGCUGCAUCUGUCGGACUUGUUGGAGGUUCUGCCACCCUUCUUUCACUUGUCUUGGCUUUCUUCUGUUAG